GAGAGGCGGCUGCGGGGACUCGAGGGAGAGGCCGCCUGCGCUGACGGUGUCUCGGAGCAUCCGCGCUCGUGCCGCCGGCCCCGCCGACCCGCCUCUACCGCCGGCCGGAUGACGGGCGCUUGCGCCCUGCAGACGGUGGACACCGAGCUGACCGCGGACGCGGUGGAGUGGUGCCCGCUGCGAGGCCUCCGGCACCUGCUGGCGUGCGGAACCUACCAGCUGCGGCGUGCGGACGAGCCCGCCGGCCCCCAGAGCGAGGGUGGAAUGGAAGUUGAGGAGCCUCAGAUCCGUUUAGGUCGUCUCUUCCUGUACAGUUUCAAUGAGAACAACAACUCUACUCACCCUCUGGUCGAGGUCCAAAGAAAAGAUACUUCUGCAAUCCUGGACAUGAAAUGGUGCCACAUCCCGGUAGCUGGACAUGCCCUCUUGGGCUUGGCCGAUGCGAGUGGAUCUAUACAGCUGCUCCGCCUGGCAGAAUCUGAGAAGAGCGGCCACAUGCUGGAGCCGUUGUCCAGCCUUGCCCUGGAGCAGCAGUGCCUGGCUUUGUCCCUAGAUUGGUCCACUGGGAAAACUGGAAGGCGCAGCCCGUCCGUCUUUCCCCUCCUCCUUGAAGAACCCCCCAGCAAAGCCACCAGGGAACUUUCCUCACAAACAUCAACGGCCUCCGAGGAAGGACAUUUCCUGUCAUUGGUCAUGCUGAUGCUUCUCUGUCUCCACACAGGGGGUGACGACGGCCUACUGAGGGGCUGGGACACCAGGGCACCUGGCAGAUUUCUCUUCACCAGCAAGAGACACUCCAUGGGUGUGUGCAGUAUCCAGAGCAGCCCUCAUCAGGAGCACGUCCUGGCCACAGGAAGCUAUGAUGAGCACAUCCUCCUGUGGGACACACGAAACAUGAAGCAGCCGUUGGCAGACACGCCCGUGCAGGGUGGGGUAUGGAGAAUCAAGUGGCACCCCUUCCACCACCACCUGCUUCUGGCCGCCUGUAUGCACAGUGGCUUUAAGAUCCUCAACUGCCAAAAGGCAAUGGAGGAGAAGCAGGAGGCAACGAUCCUGGCAUCUCACACACUGCCCAACUCGCUGGUGUAUGGAGUAGACUGGUCCUGGCUGCUCUUCCAUCCUCUGCAGCUGGCCCCCUCACGGCCCUGUCCUAGCAACCUGGGAGCCGAGACAGCAGACCUGAAGGGUGCAAGCGAGUUGCUAGGACCCUGUCGAGAAUGCACGGAGGAUAACUGUGGGGAGGGCUGUGGAGCGAAGCCACUCACAGAGGACAUGAGGAAGAACGGCACCUGGCUGCAGGCUGCAGCCGCCGCCACGCGUGACUGUGGCCUGAGCCCAGAAGCCGCAGACUCAGCCUUCAGCCUCCUGGCCACCUGCUCCUUCUACGACCAUGCGCUCCACCUCUGGGAGUGGGAGGGGAACUGAGCUUGAGCUCAUGAAGCCCCUUCCCACGGGAGGGACACUGAAUGGCCAGGACCACCUCAUCAGAGAUGCUUACCGCAGCCCUGCAGGUGACUGCACUGUGGUCAGAAAAGCUGUUUGCUUCUCUUAAAUAAACCUCUGCUGGGCCCCUGAAAAUGGACGGUGAUUCUCUCGGGCAGUGACUGGGGA